AGUAGUGGAAUCGCUCAUUUGCACCGUUUAGUGGCGGAACCAUUCCUCAGCAGACCACAGUUCUACCCGGGUGAUAAUGCGAAUGCUCACAAAUUCACGCACAUGUGUUUCGUACAGCUGACGGCUUCCAGCGCGUCAAAAAUUCUAGUCCCCAUAUUCUCGCUUCCGCUGUCCAAAGCGUGUUAUGGGGAAGAAAAAAGCAACGUGCGGCCUUGGAAGAGCACUAAUCAAAGAAAGAGCCCAGAGCCAACGUGGACUGAGGGCGAAAGAUUCAUGGCUCCACACCAGUGAAUUAAAUGAUGGAUAUGACUGGGGUCGGUUGAAUUUGCAGUCUGUGACUGAGCAAAGCUCUAUUGAUGACUUUCUUGCAACAGCAGAACUUGCAGGGACAGAGUUUGUUGCAGAGAAACUUAAUAUUAAGUUUGUCUCUGCUGAGGCAAGAACGGAAUUGCUUACAAGUGAGGAGACCAAGAGGAUUCAUAAACUCCAAGAGGAAAACAAACAAUUUUUGUGUAUUCCAAGAAGGCCUCACUGGGAUGAAAGCACCAGUGCAGAAGUUCUCAGGGAGACUGAGAGAGAGACCUUCUUACAGUGGAGACGCCAGCUUGCUCAGUUGGAGGAGGAGAAGAAGCUGAUUUUGACCCCAUUUGAACGGAAUUUGGAUUUUUGGCGCCAGCUAUGGAGAGUUAUAGAAAGAAGUGACGUAGUGGUACAGAUUGUUGAUGCUAGGAACCCUCUUCUGUUCAGGUGCCAAGAUUUGGAGUGUUAUGUAAAAGAAAUAGACAAGGACAAAGAGAAUAUUAUCCUCAUAAACAAGGCUGACCUAUUAACAGCACAGCAACGGCAGUCAUGGGCAGAGUUCUUUGAGAAGGAGGGUGUGAAAGUCGUAUUCUGGUCUGCGUUGGCAGAAGGACAGAGGUUAACUGCUGAAGGGAAGGUUGAGCAUCUGGAUGAAAUAAAAGAGAAUGAAGGAGAUUUUACAGAUGAGGAAGAAAGUGAAAGUGAGAGUGAAGAGACACAGGGUGAAAACCUUCAUACUAGGGGGAAUUCAGGGCUUGAUAAUGACACAAGUGAGGAGUAUGAAGACUGCGAGGAAGAUGAAGGUUGGCAGACUUGCUCUGAAGAUGCAGAUGAUGAUGAUAUCAUUUCUCAAGAUAAAGACCACACAAGGACAGUGGGGGAUAAACUUAUUACUAACCAAAGCCACCUAGUGGAAAGAGAUGAGUUACUAGAGAUCUUUAAGUCCGUACAUGCAGGGCAGAGGAUCAAAGAAGGACAGAUCACAGUGGGGCUGGUGGGUUACCCUAAUGUUGGUAAGAGUUCAACUAUAAACACUAUACUGGGGAACAAGAAGGUAUCUGUUUCAGCAACACCAGGUCACACAAAGCACUUUCAGACUCUGUAUGUGGAACAGGAGCUCUGUCUUUGUGAUUGCCCUGGACUAGUGAUGCCUUCAUUUGUCUCCACAAAAGCAGAGAUGAUAUGCAGUGGCAUUCUACCAAUAGAUCAGAUGCGAGACCAUGUCCCACCUAUCUCCCUUAUUGCUCAGCGUAUCCCACGUCAUGCUCUAGAAACCAUAUAUGGAAUAAAUAUCAUUCGACCAAGAGAAGAUGAGGAUCAAGACCGUCCUCCAACAUCCGAAGAAUUUUUAUGUGCCUAUGGGUAUAUGAGAGGAUUCAUGACUGCUCAUGGCCAGCCAGAUCAGCCAAGAUCUGCCCGUUAUGUACUGAAGGAUUAUGUCAGUGGAAAGCUGUUGUAUUGUCAUCCUCCCCCUGGAAUUGAACCUGCAGAGUUUCAACCACAGUUUGUCAAGUAUGAAGAAAAGAAAGGCUUGAAGAUAAGUGGUGAAUCACAAGCUCACAGGGGCAAGAAAACAAGACAGAUAGAAAAUGUUGUGGACACAAACUUUUUCCAUCAGGAGAAUGUUCGUGCUUUGACCAAAGGCGUGCAAUCAGUAAUGGGAUACAAGCCAGGCAGUGGCCCAGUACCUUUAUAUGCCACCAGCUUAGACACAGUAGCAGGAAAACCCUGGAAAAAGCAUGGGAACAAAAACAAGAAAGAGAAAAUUCGGCGACUCAACAAGCACUUGGAUGCAUGAACAAUGGCUAAUAAGGAAGCAAAAACUUCAUAAUAAUGUGUUUUCAUUCUGCAGAUAUCUGUGUUUUUUAUCAUUACACUUUACCUUUCCAUGAAACAUACAAUUCAGAUGCAAAAUGUGAUGGAUUGGGAAUAAUAAUACAGCUGUUCAAAGGCUGAAACAGAUCUCUGGUGAACUAGCAGGACAGGCAUCCUAAGCGAUUCUGGAUUCUUAUUGCAUUCGCCUUAAAUUGUGAAAUGUCAUAUUUCAAGGAUAAGAAACCCUUUUUCCCAAACUCUUGGUACCGCCUUAGGUGUGUUUCCAGACUAAUCAUGCUAUAACUAUAAAAGUUCUAUAGAUAAAAUUGUUUCUUCGCUACAUUUUAACAACCCAAAUAAGCAGACACAAUGCUCCAAGGUUUAAUAUUUUUUUCUUGCCUGUGCUUAUAUGAUGGAUACAAACAAGUUUCCUAGACUAAAGGAAAUGAUAGAGAGUUCUGGAGAUGCAGAAAUAACAAUGCCAGAUAAUUUCCCCUCUAAUUUAAUAUUUACUUUGUGCACAAAAAUCACCUUUUGUGCAAACUUUAGAACUGAGUGCACAGAGAAGUUGGAGGAUCAGAAAAGUACAAAAUUAAAUUUUUACUGAAUAAGCUUUGUGCACCAUGAUUUGUUGUGUGUGCUGGACUCAAAAUGUGUCUAAGCACAGCUUAGAGGAAACAUUGGUGCCAGCUCAUGUUCCACCACUGCAAUGCUGUUGGUGUGCCUACUUUUUAAACAUAUAACUUAAUGUCAUGUGCCAAAUUCAUCUUUAUUUUGUGAGAAUAACCAUUUAAUAUAGUGGUUCCCUAACUGUGGGGCUGCCCCCCACCAGGGGUCACAGACUGAUGGCCCAAUAGAGUAAUAUUUGGGAAGAAUGCCUAUUUGCUGUCCUAGAGUAGAAACUCUAUUUUAAGUGUUUCAGAGGAGCAGAACAACGGUGUAAAAUUGGGGAAAAUGUAAAACCAGGGAAUGUUUUAUGUGUUAUUUACUGGUAGGACCACAAGAGAAAAUGUAAAAUGAAGGAAAACUUAAAAUUAGGGGAUAUAAAAUUGAGGUUUCACUGUACCCCUGAAAACCUAGUUAGACACUCGAGUAUGGUGACAUUUUGAGUAAACACUUAUUUCUUGCCCUAAAUAUUAUUGGAACUAUUAAUGAAUUGUAUACCAACUACUUGUGCAUGCAAUUCACCAACUGUCAAAAAUCUUUGUGCACCCCAAAUCUGGCAAAAAUGUUUGCUGGCUAAAAAUAUACUGUACAUUCCCAGAGUUGUACUGUGCAUUUUUUAAAAAGUGAGCCCUACAAUCUCCUGCUAAAAAUAAAAAUGUACAUAUAUAUAUAUAUAUAUAUAUAUAUAUAUAUAUAUAUAUAUAUAUAUAUAUAUCAAUGUAUAUAUCAAUAUAUAUAUCAAUGUAUAUAUCAAUGUAUAUAUAUAUUUUUUUCUUUUUUAUAUACAUACACACAUACACAUAGACCUCAUGUAUUAUCUGUCCAUGUGUGGGCCCUCUAGCUUCCUGGGCCCAUUCCUUGAGUGCUUACCUUACUGUUAAACCCCAGGUUAGGCUCCAAAACGACGAAAUAGCUGUUUGAAAUCCAGGUUCAAGACCAGUUGAUAAAUCUGAGCUGAGAAUUAAGGCUGAAAGAAACAGAAGAGUUUGCAUUUCAGAGCUGAUAUCCACCUUGGCUGAAAUGGUCCUGGGUGAAGGUAAGGUAGGAGGCUGAUGCCAAUGGAGGGGCUGACUUUUGGCCUGGUUUCCUUCACCUUUGUCCCCACUGCUGUUCCCAUUCCCAACAACUUGCGGUAGGCUCAAUGAAACAUGGUAUGAUAUUAAUGGAUAAUUAAAGGUAGAGCCCACAUACAACAUAUUAGCUACCACCAUACCUUUCGUACACUUGAUUUUCUAUUUUCAUUGUAGUACCAUUAGUCUGCAUGCUUCACCAUUAACAGGGAAUGUGUGGUUUGAAACAAUGGCACAAUGUUUCAUGACUGCAGUGUUUGCUGCAAAAUCCUAAACAAAAUGUUUGGAACUGCUAGCAGCCAUCUUCUAUUAUAUUCUAUUGAAAUUGUAUUACUUUGGAGAAAAAUUAAAUUUACUAGAGCCUAUGAAUAAAUAUACUGCAGCACACAAAAUAUGAUGGUUUAGGUCAUUCUGCCAAUGCUCCUUUUCUAUCCUGAUUUGGAUUGAUGACUUGCUUCUUCAGAUGCAGUAGUAUCUGCUCAACAAAGACCAAUGAUAAACUGGGAGAUUUGUUGACUGCGUAAAAAAAAUACUACCGUUGGGGAUAAUUAUUCCUGAAAAUGCCUUGCCCUAUGCUAACAUGGGAAUCGCUGCAAGUAAAUUAUAUUGCUUGUGAUUCAGCUUAAUCACAGGAAAAUACCUGCUUUCACAUUUUUCCACGAUUAAGCCUGAAUCACCACAAGUAAUGUAAUUUACUUACAGCGAUUCCAAUGUUAGCAUAGGGAAAGGCAUUUUCAGGAAGAUUUGUCGCCUGCGGUAGCAAUUUUUAAACAUGCAUCAUUGCCCUUUGACAAAUUCUUAUUCUUGUUUCCUUAGAUUGCAUAAAUCAGCAACUGGAGUCACCAGAUGUCACUUUAAAAAAGUGGCUUCUGUACUAUCUAGAAACUACCCUGCAGAAAACAAAAGGCACACACAAAAUAGGGAUUAAAGAGAUAUACAGGUAGCCGCACCCUACCUCUUUUUAAACUUAUGUGGGAUAGGUCACCAGACAUAAGCCCAGGUAUUGCUAUUUUUAAGGUAACUGGAUCCACAUACAGUUGUUUCUGCCAAUGUUCUACUAUACCAAACAUCUACUGUUUUUCUUGAUGAGUGUUCUCUUUAGGGAGUGUCUAGUCAAAUUGUGCUAAACUAUGCUGCUCUUCCUCGUAGCAAUUAUAAAAUGCCUUAAAGGUAAGGCAAGGUUCACAUGGACAUAACUAUGUACUUUACCAGCGUGCUAAUUUGUAAACCUUACAGCUCAUACUCACAAGCAUUUUCUUACUGUGUUCCCCUGCGGUGGCAUCUCCUGUGUUCCUGUGCAGGGGAGUGCAGGAAGAAAUGCAUGCCAUUCUUCCUAUGUUCAUAUACAUUUCUAUGUAGCGUUCCACCUCUGUUCUGCAGUAACAUGUGCCUAUUGAAAAUGUAAUUGCUAUUAAAGGCAAUAUAUGCCUGACUUUA